AUGAAUUUUCACUUCAGUGGAGAUUUCGUGACGCUGAGAGCACGAAAAACUCAAACAGCACAAGAACCGAGGUCGAACCCAGCAGGCUCGCCAGCUUCAUCGCGGACAAGCUGAUCCGUUGCUGUGUCAUGGCCGCGAAAGACGUGCGUGAGUGGCGGGACGAACGGAAGGUAGAUUACUGGGGUAGAUAUACGAAUACGAAUCCAGGUGCCUCACCAGACGCAACAGAGACUGGCUUUGCAGUGCCAACAGUUGCCAGAGCCUGGCUGCAGGAGCUUUGCCGGCAGAGCGUCCUGGAGGAAGAUGCACUGAUGAGGUUGUGUAGUACAGCAGGGACGUAUUCUUCUUCUUCAACAACAUUUCCAAAGGAGAGGAGCAACGACCAGCACAUUUCACAAUCACCAGGACGAGAUUUUUCAAGUUGUGCGAGUUCCUUCCUACUCGUUCGGAGGCUUUCAGUGCACCUGAACGCCGAUUUAGUCCCGACGAGAGCUGCUGCCACCUGCGAAGAAAGCGAAUCAAGUCCAAGUACGCACAGCAACAUGGAGGACAGCGACUCUGGUCGUGAAGGUCUCGAUAAUGAAAUGACGCGGCACACCAGAGCUGGACGAGCUGCGAAAAUGUAUUACUAUGCUCAAGACGAGCAGGAACAAGGUACAGACGCAUACGAGCAGAUUCAAACCUCCUGCCAAAUUUCCCAGUUUCAGUCUAUUUUCGCUACGCCUGAUGAACAUCAGGAUGUGGAGAGCCAGAGCGACGAUGAGAAAACGCCAAAUGCUGCCCCAGAGUCCGACGAUCAGCAAAACCUCUUUGCGCAAGCGGCCACGCUGAUCGCCAAAGUAACUACGGGAACAACGUCGACGAACAAGUCGUACUUAAAGUACGUUUUCGAGCACGCGAGGGAAUUUUACAAGCGAAAGAAACCUCUUUUGCUUUUUCAAGCAACGUUCGAGGACAAGGAACGUUCGAGGACAAGCAAAAGAAGUGGGAAGACCACCGAGAUCGAUGGGCAUGGGGUGAAAAAGUCGGAUAAUAAAGGUCUUGGUCAGCAGCGGGAGCAAUCAGGAAAUGCACUAGAGGAAGCCACCUCGACUUCUAAGAGUGGCAGCAGAAGGCGGGGCGGAAAAAAGAAAACCCAAACUCUCGAAUUCAGCUCGGGAAAUAAAAACUGGCUUCGGUUCUCUGUCGAAGUGCUUAUAAGUGAAAAAGUAGAAGGUUUUGGUGGAGCUACAAGUCCUGGCGCAUCAUCAGAGGACCUUCUGCACCGGUCACUGCAGCUCCUAUUUGAUCAGGUUUCACAGAGGUUCGAAGCAAAGCUGUUGGAGCACAUUUCGCACGUCGUCCUUCGAAAAACGGCUUCGAGGCACUUUCACUACUGCAGCGCCGCUAGUAGUCGAGCAACAGGAACAGGAGCGGCUGUGUCUUCCACUUCCGCAUACGCCACCAGGUCGGCUGUGAGAAAUGCCGGAAGUAAUUUCAAAAACGCAUGGAGCCUACUUACUAAGGAUGGUGAUCCCACUUGGAAUUCGAAUCACCACCGCGCAGAGGCGACAGCAAUAUUUGGGGUCGCAGAUCCUUUCACGGGGAAGAAGCAAAAGACUGCUUCCAGCACGAAAGUGAGAAUGAAGCGUGCAGAACCUUCAGGAUCUUCGUGCGACGUCACGGCAAGUAGACCUGGCACGACAGCUCUCGAGACGAGUUGUGAAGACGACCGCACGAUCGGCGGAAAAGUUCUCAACUUUGCCGAGGACGUCCUGGCGGAUCCAACCUGCUUUCCCUACCCCAAGUUGCACAGUGUCGCAAACACCGAGUUGCUGAUGGGGGAUCGCAGUAUACACGCAGCCCGCGGAAUACGAAUUUCCGACCUGAAAAUUUGGGACCACGAAAUGAGACCUGCCGGAGCCGCGCAGCCGGAGUCAUCUGACGAUUGUGGUGGAGGGUUUUCCAAAUCUUCGUCCAGAAUGGAGCACAGUGAUUUUGAUGGUGGACGCUCUGACAUAGUAAACUUGCGCGGCGGGGCCGCCGGGGGCGCAAUUUCAUGGCCACCAAGCACCACAAAUAUGCCCACGCUACUGACCACAAAGACGUCCCUCGAGGAACAUCAAAACCAAAAGGUGCAGCUGGAGCAGAAAACUAGCUCCGUGUGGUCAUCUGGUGUCGCAACACAGUACAAAAUGCGCAACACGCGGAACACCCGUAAACGGGCCGCCGAGGAGCAAGAGCAGGCACAGCAGGCCGCGACGGUGGAGGCGGAACGGAUGAGAAUCGAAGAACAACAAAAGUUGCUACAGCACGGCGUUGAAGAGGAGCUUGUGCUACAUGCGGCUUGUCUGGUGCCACCGUUGAUUGAGCAGAUGCAACACAUUGGCGACGUACUGAGACAGAAGAAGGAAAGUGCUUUCAGCGUGAAGAUCUCGUCGUGCUCCACGGGCACAGGUGCUGCUGGGCAAAAGGAAGAUCUUCAAGAAGAUUCCUUUGUCGAUCCCAUCGGUGAGAUAUCGCUGCUCGCAGCUUCAGACUUCGACCAGGGAAUGAGAACACCAACUAACGUUGCUGAGCAAAUUUCGAAGAUUCUUCGGGACAUUACCCUGGCGGAUUUUGACAAGGCGGUCGAGAAAUAUGUGGAGUACUCGGACGAGAGGGAGAUUUUGCGGCGGAUUUUGGCCUGGGAGCUAGCAAUGUACAAGGACGAGUACUACGGCGGAAAAGUCCGGAUUUGAGAAAUUCGCUGCUUCUUGAUGCGCAAGAGAAAAGCAAAACAU